CGGUCCGCGCGGUUAGAGUUGGGUGUCUGAGGCAGCCCUGAGAGGCCGCGUCCUGCUGUGGGAGAUGUGGGAGCGGAGCCUGGUGCUGUCCGCCCCGGGGAAGGUGAUCCUCCAUGGGGAGCACGCCGUGGUGCACGGCAAGGUUGCCCUGGCCGUGGCGCUGGACCUGAGGACCUUCCUCCGCCUGAGGCCCUGCGCUGAGGGCAAGGUGUGCGUCCGCCUGCCCGGCGUCGGCGUCGUGAGGAGCUGGGACACCUCCAGCCUCCAGGCCCUGCGGAGGGGGGUUGCAGCUGACUUUGAUGAAUCUAAGUCCCCCAGCGUAGAACAGCUGCAUACACUGAAAGAGUUUGCUGGAAUUGCUGCCGGAGCCUCAGCUCCCGAGAGCCUUGCUACUCUUGCCUUUCUUUAUAUGUGCCUGGCUAUUUCGGCUAAGUAUGGAGAUGUUCCGAAUGUGGACAUACUGGUGUGGUCUGAGCUGCCCACGGGAGCCGGGCUGGGUUCAAGUGCUGCCUAUGCUGUUUGCUUGGCGGCGGCCCUGCUGACGGCGUGCAGAGCCAUCUCCUGCCCUCUGAAGGAGGGAGAGUCCACAGCCAGGUGGACAGAAGAAGAGCUGACUUUGAUUAACAGUUGGGCCUUCCAAGGGGAGCGGGUGAUCCAUGGCAAUCCAUCGGGUGUGGAUAAUGCUGUUGGCACCUGGGGUGGAGCCCUGAGAUACCAAUCAGGAAAAAUCACACCAUUAAAGAGGGUGCCGAUGCUGAGGAUCUUGCUGACCAACACAAAAGUGCCUCGAAGCACCAAGGUCCUGGUGGCUGGUGUCAAGGAGAAGAUUCUGAAGUUCCCUGCUAUAAUGAACCCGGUGUUGGACUCCAUCGAUGCAAUUUCUCAGGAGUGCCAAAGUGUUCUGGAAGCGAUGCCUGCAAAUCCAUCACCAGAGUAUUACCCUGUGCUGGAGGAACUCUUUGAUAUAAACCAACACCACUUAAACGUGAUCGGAGUUGGCCAUCCCUCCCUGGACAGGCUGUGCCAGGUCACAGCAUCCCACGGCCUGCAUAGCAAGAUGACUGGGGCUGGUGGGGGCGGCUGUGGCAUCACCCUGCUGAGACCAGACACAUCCCCGCUGGCCAUGGAAGCAGCCAAGCGAGACUUAUGUGCCUGUGGAUUUGAAUGUUGGGAGACCAAUAUCGGGGCCCCCGGAGUGACCCUGCACUCCUCCUCAUCUUUAAAUGCUGAAGUGCUGCACGCGCUCUCUGAGAGUUAAGCUUCUGCCUCUGGCAAGACUUGAGCUCUUGGCACCAUGUCCUCGGAACGACAGCUGUGCGUGCCCUGAUGCCUGGAAACUUCUCUCCUGCUCUCCUGUGUGGCUGAGGGCCUCUAGACAUGGGUGUGGAGCCAGUUUCAGGCCUGGUGUCACUGGGAGCAGGGGCUGCAAUGAGGACCUGGGAGCAACUGCUCACACUUGGGCUAGGUGCGAGUUUGACCCAGGCUCUCAAAAUCCUGUUUUGAAUUUACUUACUCAACUGCUGUGCUAAUCCCAAGGGGCAGGAGGAGAGGGUCUUGGCUGGAUUCCAGUGUGGAUAAUGACACUUUGCUUGGUUCUGCUGCUUCAGAUGCAUGUGGUGUCUCUUCCCUUCUCCCCUGGCGUCCUGCAAGGGUGGGCAGCGGGGGCUGGCAAGGUGGAUGUGCAGAGAGCUUUGACAUUUUUGGGUGAAAAGCGUCUUGGCAGCUCAGGGCUUGACACUCAGGUCUCCAUUUCUCCUGGACUGUGAUUCACGGUGGAGAGAAAACCUUUAAAUACAGCUCUUACCUGCUACUAAUUAAGAGGUGGAUAAUUAAAAUGAAAGAUACAGCACAAUUCCAGUGAAAUUAUCACUGUUAUCACUCUUUCCCAUAAUCUCUGCCUGGGCUGAUAAGCAGGGUCCCGUAGCCAGACUCUGGUUUUUGUUCAUGUGCUCGAGGUCUGGUUCAAACAGCAACUGUCACCUGCAAGGAGGGUGGCUAAAGGCAAGGGCAGUCUUAAAAUUUCUACUUGCAAUAGCUGUUCUAGGAUCUCUCACACUUCAGUCUUAAACGAGCAUGCCCUUGAUCUUGCCUGUUGCUGGAUAUGUAAAACAUGCCACUGCCAGGGCAGGGGGAGACUGGGGGUGGAGGGGCGUCAGUAACAGAGCAAACAAAUUUGUUUUAAUUUGAAGUAAUUGGCUUUAAGUAGAGAAGGAAAAAAAAAAAAAAAACCAAACACCAAAUCACCUCCUCAAAAGCUGACCAUAACUUGCAAUUGGCAAACUAUAAAAGCUAAAUGCAUUUAAACUUAUUAUGCAAAUGUAAAUGCAGUUUUUACUUCUGAAAUUUUAAUGAGUUGUACCAUGGAACUAAAGGCAAUUGGCAGGUAAGUGUCUGAAGCUGGAGUAUCUUGAAGUAAUAAGCUGACUCUUAGCGGUUGUGGUCUCUUCGGUACCUGCCAAAGAGAGUUUUAUCAUUGUUCUGUUUGUCUGGUUUUUGGUUUUUUUUAAGUGUACGUCUGUUCAAGAAUUGCUUCAUUCAAAGCUGAGUAAUAAAUUGGCAGAGGUGGGGGAGCUUGCCUUUCACUGCAGGAAUAAAAAAUCAAGUGCGAGAAGUUGAGAUGUACUAGCUCUAAAAUCCUGGCGUCAUGAUGACCAGCUUUAGUUCACUGAUCAGAUGUAAAACUGUCUCUGGUUUUAAUAAAUUGAUGGUUUUUUUAUGUGCAAAGCGUUCUUUGAUAAUUAUGCUGGAAACAAAAGGAAAAAAGUGCCUUACGCUGCUUCAAUAAAAACAGGUUUCAGAUGCUG